GUAGUUAAAUCUGACAGAUUUCCCGGGAAGUUGUGAUUCUUGGUGAACAAAGUAGAGAAAGUCGUCGAGAUCCCUAAAACAGUAGCAAUCUUUUAGCAUCUGAUUAUCCUAUGCAUAACACUUGUAUAUAAACUAUUUAUUUAAAGGCCCAGUUUUACAGGUCUCUUCUUUUUUCCCCUUCUUCCUUGGCAAGCAAAGAAAGAGAUAAAGGGUUGCACAUACUUGAAGGACAGAAUUAAUGGAAACAUAUGGAGCUUCAACAGAUUCAACAUUUCCAGAGGCUGAUGUUGAUAAAGCAUUGAACUCAGCCCUAAACAAGAAGUUUGAAGUUGAUCCUGUAUCGUCAGAUAUUUCCACCACAAAGGAGAUCCAGCAGGGAUCUUCAAAUCAUGAGCUCAUGUAUACAAAAGGGGGGCUGUACAAGAAUGUGCACAAAGAACAAGAUGAGGCUGCACAAAAAAAGCAAAGGGAAAAGCAGGAUGCUUUGCAAAAUCUCAAAACAACCAUCUUUGUUUCAGCUAUCAUCGUCGCCGUUGCCGGGGCAGUAUUUGCCAUAACCAAAAAAUUGAGAGAGAAAUGAAAUCACUGGCCAGAUGAUAUUAUAAGCUCCGGCAAGUGUUCAGUUUUUUUCCUGGUAUCUUAAUCGUUUUUGAAACUAUUGUUUUGAGCUCACAAGGUAUUCUUUCUAGAGAACUAUUUUUUUACGAAGCAGUGAAGGAUGGGCAUGGAAACUCCACCUUGCUUUGUGAAGUGCUACAUUUUAUAAUAAUAAUUAUUAUCGAAGGAAACAAUUGAUGUUAA